AUGAAAGAACAUCUGUCGAAGUGGAAGGAUGAAGCAGAAAGAGUGCAAGACGAAGCUGAAGCUCUGCAAAUUUUGGCUGCAACAGUUGACCAGGCUCUGGAGCAGACUAAAAUGUGGAAGAAUAUCUCAGGUUUGCUUAUGGAUGAAAACAAAAAUCUCCAUCGCGAAGUGGAAGACUUGAAUAAAAGGAUGGCCCUUGCUUUUCUUGUGAAAGAAACAGAGCACAGAGAGCGAGGAGUUUCACUGAAACUGCCGGAGGCUGAAAAGGAAAGUGAUAAAUGGAAGGCAAAAGUGCAGCAGCUACUAGUAGAUAUUGCAAAGCUUCAGGCUCAGCUACUCGAAUCAACCAGAAAGGUCGCGCAUCUGGAAGUUGAACUCGAAAAAUCGCGACAACAAGAAAAGAACAUUGCGUUAGAUUUUGAAAAGGUUGUGGGAGAAGCAAACAUUCGGGAAAAGGAAAACGAUUCUCUUCUCAACUUGAACAAGGGCAUUCAGCGUCAGCUACAAGACUCCACUGAAAAAAUAAGCGAGUUAGAAUCCGCCUUGAAAGAAUCGCAUCAACGAGAGGAGGAGCUCUCAUCUGCUUUAGAAAAGGCUAUGGAACAAACAAGAAUGCAGAAGAAAGAGACGGAUUCAUUGUUAAAGAGAAAAAGGGCUCUUUCUCAGCAAGCGCAAGACUCGAAUAAGAAGAUAGCAGACCUCAAUCUUGCGCUAGGAAAGCUGAAACAACGGGAGCAAGAGUUAUCAUCGAGUUUGAAUAGGGAAGUAGAGAAGACAAAAAUUUGGGAAAAAGAAAGGGCAUCACUAUUCAAAACGAUCGAAACCCUCCAAUGUCAGCUGCAAGAGGAAAUGGGAAAGGAGAAAGAACUAUACUCUACACUCAAGCAGUUGCAACAACGUGAGAAGGAGCUUUCAUCUGCUUUAGAGAAGGCUUUGCAACAAAAGAUUAAUUUGGAAAAAUGGUUUUCCUCAUUUUUGGAAGCGAACAAGACUCUUCGAAAGCAGCAGCAAGAGUUGACCAGCAAGAUAGAGGAGCACAAUCUUGCACUUGAAAAUUCGCAACAACAAGAGCAGAGACGUUCAUCUGCAUUGCAAAAGAAGGUGUGGAGGAAUUUCUGGGAAAUAGAUGAUGAAGAACUCUCCGAAACAGAAAGUGGAGUGGCGGAAGAUGAUUUCUACGACGCACAAUAUGAUGAGGAUUACUCAAGUUCUUACGACCCUGAUGGAGAACUUUCCGGAGGAGACUCGCAAAACGAGCAGUACGGACCUAAUGAAGUGACCAGGGAUAACUUCGCUGCCAAUAAUGAUGAUGUACAUCACGAGAUACCAGAAUACGACACGGACGAAUAUUCUUCUGUGGAUGAUGACGAAGAAUUCAAGUACGAACAGUACGACACAGAUCAAUCGCAUUAUGUCCGUGUCUCAAACUUCAUGGAUAAAAACCGACAAAGCUUUCAUAGUGAUAGAAUAACAGUAAGACCAACACAGCACAAUCAUGAUUGUUUCCAGAUAGCUCGAAAGAUGAAGUUCGCAACACUCGUGGUCACAUUAGCAAUUAUGAGCAGCGCUCUAGGCAAAGGAAGAGGAAUGCUGGGUUUCGACACGGGUUGUGGUGAGAAUGAGGUCUACGAUAAUUGUUUCAACGGAUGUGAACCGACGUGUAAUUCACCUGUGGUUGCAUGUAUUCUAUUGUGCGGACCAGGAGGAUGCACUUGCCAGGGUGGAUAUCUACGCAACAAAAACGGAUUGUGUGUGCCAAAGGAGUUUUGUGAUGGCGAUAUCAAGUCAAAACCCGAAAAAAGGGCACUAUCGUAA